AUGGCUGCCGCCAUCACCAGCUGGGUGCUCAACCCAAUCCAAUCUUUGACAAUGUCUCGACCACAUACUCGCAAAUUAUGGUGCGCUGUUCCCAGCAAUCUCAGAGAGCCAUUCUCUGUUGUGUGUUUUCCAGAUCAGGACGAUAUUGAGACACUCAAGGAGAAAAUAUGGGAGAAGAUCAAGGAAGAAAUCAAGGAUACCACGCCUCAUUAUGGCAAGCUUACUCUCUACAGCCCUGUGGUGCAACUCAAUCAUGAAGAGCAGUUCAAUAUCGAUGAUGGUGAAUUCCUACAUCCACGCCGAAUGAUCACGUCCAACCCACUCUUCCCUGAAAGCAAGGAUCCAGAUGUGGAUAUUGUUGUUGUUGUGAGCGGAGAUACCACUACACGGAAACGGAAGCGCUCUGAAUCACAAGGUGUGAAUUUAUCUCUGGAACGGCCCAUCACAGAGGAUCCACACAUAUGUCCUCGAGAGCGUACAGUGAUAGAACUUGCAGCCAUUCUGGAUGAAGUGAACAUAGUCCAUGUGCGCGGAACUCCAGCCAGUGGGAAAACAUAUCUCUCUGAACUUCUGAGGCACCACUAUCACAACAGGGGAAGAAGGGUUUCCUUGAUCAAGGAAUGGGAGAAACUCAAUCACAGAAAUCCUUGGGAAAGUCUUGUCAAGCUUGUUGAGAAAUGGAAUGAAGAAGUACAGGAUGCUCCCACCACAACUUCAUCACAAUCAGAACAGGAUCUCUCUUGGGUUUUGAUGUCAAACACUGUGAUUCUUGUGGAUGAGGCACAGAUGACCUACAAUGACAGUGCGCUUUGGAACACAAUCCUCAAAAAGAGACAGUCAUCUUUUCUUGGUUAUAAUUUUCGACUAUGUCUUUUCUGCUCCUAUGGCAGUCCAUCAGCAGGCCCAGAUCAAACAUUCUUCACUCCAGUCAGGCUUUCUAACCAACAAUGCAUCUCCUUGACACCACAAAGUCGGCAAGGCUCACCACCUAUUGGUUUAUUUUAUGACAAAGAAGAGUUCAAGGAUGUUGCUUCACGAUCAAUCCCAUUUGAAUAUCGAAAAAGGUUCACUUUUGAUGAAGGUGCCCAGGACUACAUAUUUGCAUUAUCAAAUGGCCAUCCAGGAGCAGUUGAAUCCAUACUCAACACACUUUUCCAAGCCUAUCACCAUGGCAUCAAGCAUGGACAUAUUAGGGCCUUGACAGAAGAUCAUGUCAUCUGGUUCCUGGAGGACACUGCCACAGUCUUUCAAAAACUAAGCAUGCAGCCAGUUAAUCGCUCCUUUCCAGAUAUAUCAAGAGCUACAAAUGGAAUCUCCAACAUAUUGAACAAAAUUACAGAGGAAGGAAGUGUUCCAUUUGAUCUCAACGACGCAGACAUCAGGUUCUGCUAUCAGAAUGGUUGGAUUCACAGGGUAGCUCUGGAUGGUGAUGAUAUUGCAGUUCUGCCAUCGCGCUUACAUGAAAAAUACAUUGAAUAUUGGAUUGGCACAAUGUCAAAACCCCUGCCUGCCAGAUUUGACUCCCUACUGAAAUUAUGCAAAGAAAUUCUCAGCAAAUUCUCUAUCAUGAACUUAAGGCAUUCAGCUGAGGGCAAAAAAAUGUCAACUGCAUCACAACCCAAACCUGUGGAAGUUCAGUAUAAAAGUGAGUUCUACAGGGGAUUUGUCCAUACAGCAGGGCAAGGUGUACCAAUAUCCAGUGAAUGGUCAAGGACCAAGGAUGGUCGAGUGGAUUUCUAUAUCCCAGAAAAGAAAUGGGCGAUUGAAUUGUUGAGAAAUCAUAUCAAAGUCGAGGAACAUAUCUCUCGAUUCAAGGAGGGUGGAAAAUAUCAUCCCUGGCUGAAGGAGAAAAUGGUCAAGGAUUGGAUCAUAAUUGACUGUGCGACUUCCUUACCAAUCAAAGAGUACUCUGAGUCUAGACUGUGGCAUGCUGUGUUUGUCAAUGAUUAUUCUGAAUUGCAGUUGUAUAACCAUCAGAAAGUUCUUAUGAUGUCUAUGCAUCUACGUGGCUAA